AUGAGAAACCCUCAACUUAUUUACGUCGAAGUCGCUACAGGACGUAAAAGAGCAUCUGCAAUAUUAAGUUCAUUCUUCGGCCGGACGUACAACAACCUGUCUUCAAUAUCAGAAUGUAAAAACAAUGGUGAAUGUGUCAUCAACAAGAAAAACAGAACUGCAUGCAAGGCAUGCAGGCUACGGAAAUGUUUGCUAGUCGGUAUGUCCAAAUCUGGAUCAAGAUAUGGAAGAAGAUCAAACUGGUUCAAAAUACACUGCCUUUUACAAGAACAACAACAACAACAUAUGCAACAAAUGCAAACGAGUAAAUCUCCUCCAAAUUUCAAUACUUCUAUAAAUCCUUCUUUCUUACCUACUAAUCUUCUACCUGCUGCAGCUUUAGCAGAAUACUAUAAAAAUACAGAAAAGAAUGCUUUUACUGAAGAGGUUACGCGUCAAAGUGUGUCUCCAUCAGAUUCUGGUGCUUCGUCAGCUGAUCCAGAAGAUGAUAAUAGUUCACGGAGUACGAGCGGAUUAAGCAUUUUUAGACCAGCUUCCUCACCUAGUAGUGAAAAAGAUAUUAGACUUCACGCAAUAAGGAAUCAAAACAAAGAUGUUAGAAGAAAAAAGCCUCCAACAAUGUCACCAUCGUUUGGUGCGACUGCUUCACCUAGCUUCUCACCGAGGUCAGCUCAAUUUAUGCCUACUCCCAUACAAAAUCUUAGACCCAUACCACCAGGUAUGCCUUGGCCUUCUUACAAUGGGGGAGACUUAUUACUACAUUCACCAGCAGUAGCUGGAAUCGCAGUUGAACAGGACCAGCCUAUAGACCUCUCUAUAAAAUCUACUGCUGUCAUAUUUAGAAGUCCAAAAAAUGAAGAAGUCAGUGACUCUGAACCAGAACUAAGCAUUGAUUUGAAUGAUGAUAAUGGCAAGGAUAUUAUGAAAAAUCCUCUAGAUUUGAGUAUCGUAUCAAAACGAGCAGAAAAAGUUUCUAUGACAGGA